AAGAUGUAACGCAAUUGGUCGAAACUGUUACGCUUACGAAAAGUGUGUGUGAUGGCCUUAAAUUUAUCAUAUGUAUAUACCAGAUAACCUCUCAAAUAGUUUGGUUGACAGAUUCUGCUUCAUAUAAUUGUAAUUUUAAAGUAGCAAUAUGUUACGAAUAUUUAAUGUUGCGAAUCACAAAAACACUUUCAGUUGUAAUUUACACUUGGCGUGUAUACGUGCUUCAACGGAAAGUAAUAAAGGUUUUUCGGAGAAACUAGCGGAUGGCCCACAAUUCGAGGACUUUCUCGUAGACAAUGUCAAGAAAUACGAUGGAAAAUUGAAAUUGGAAAAAGGCGAAUCAACGCGAUUAAGGUUACCACCUUGGUUGAAAACGGAGAUACCUAUGGGCAAAAGUUACAGUAAAAUAAAAGCACAGUUGAGGCACUUACGUUUAAAUACAGUCUGUGAGGAAGCAAGAUGUCCAAACAUUGGAGAAUGUUGGGGUGGAGGCAGUUAUGGUACAGCGACUGCUACCAUCAUGUUAAUGGGGGACACAUGCACUCGAGGUUGCAGGUUUUGUUCUGUCAAAACUGCACGAACACCACCACCAUUGGAUACAGAGGAGCCAGUCAAUACUGCCAGUGCAAUAGCAGACUGGGGUUUGGACUAUAUUGUUUUAACAUCUGUGGACCGUGAUGAUUUGAAAGAUGGUGGAGCUAGUCAUAUAGCAGCUACUGUUAGAGAGAUAAAAAAGAGGAGCAACAUUUUGGUGGAAUGUCUAGUACCAGAUUUUAAAGGCGAUGAAGAUUGUGUUGCUACAAUUGUCAGUUCCAAUUUAGAUGUGUUUGCACAUAAUAUCGAAACUGUGGAACAUUUAACUCCGUUUGUCCGAGAUAGACGAGCUCGAUACAGGCAGUCAUUAGCUGUGCUGAAGGCAGCUAAGAAGAUCAAUCCUAGCUUGAUAACUAAAUCAUCAAUAAUGUUGGGCUUGGGUGAAACUGAUAAGGAAAUCGAGCAAACUAUGCAGGAUUUAAAAAACGUCGGCGUGGAUGCUUUAACGUUAGGACAGUACAUGCAACCUACCAAGAGGCAUUUAAAAGUUAUUGAAUACGUAACACCUGAGAAAUUUAAAUCGUGGGAGAAUAUAGGAAAUCAAAUGGGUUUCUUGUAUACUGCCAGUGGUCCCUUAGUGCGAUCGUCCUAUAAAGCUGGCGAAUAUUUCCUGACAAAUAUUUUAAAACAACGGAAAAACAAGCAAAUUGAAGACUAUUAACUACUAUCGUAGAUUUAAAAAAAAAUAAUAGUCCAAACUAGAAAUGAAAUUUGUUUGAUUUCUAAAGUUUGUUAAUGUAAUCGAAAGUUCUGUGUACAGUCAGUUUUAAUAUGAUUUGAACACUUUUUUUGAAAC